AUGGCAAGAAGCAGAGAGCAAGACCAGGCCGGGUGGGAUAAGCACCACGCGCGGGAGCAAAAGAGGACCGAUAGGCAUUUCGCGGAGCUGAGGGCAGCAAGGGAGGAGUCAGAUGAGGAGCCCGAGUCAGAGACGGAACGGCAGCAGAUGGAGCUGGACGAAGACGACGAUGAGGCGGAGAAGAUGCAACUGGACGAAGACACAGACAACAAUGAGGAGGACGAGGAGGAGGAUGAAGAUGAUGAAGAUGAUGAAGAUGAUGAGCUCCCGUCCAGGGCGCAAGUCUCGCAAGAAAGGAGCCGCAGACGUAAUCGUGCGCUCGAAAACACGGCCAAGCAUGGUGGCCCGGCGAUUCCACCUCGGAAUGCUCUUUCCAACGUUGUACGGCCGACCGCUCCCUCCAACCCUCCCAAGACCGCUACUCCGGCAACAAGGUUGACCAGGGCAUCAAGAGGAGCGAACGGUCAUGCCCACUUUUCUCUUGGCGAUCGCGGCAAUCUAAAAAUACACGAGGAUGGUGUUUGUGUCUACUCGUUGUUCCCCGAACUUCCUCUAGCACCGGAUCAACCGAAGCUGGCGCCGGGAUCGCGAUCGUUGUCACUUAUACUCUUCCUAAGGAAGAAGAAGACUGGAGGCCUAGCGCAUAACGUAAGGCACGCCAAACGCGGGGAGAUUAAGUUCCACCGCAACAUUAAGCGCGACGAGCCGCGCAUUGGCUGGGACGCUGUGUAUAACAUCGACCUUAAGCUACCCGGAAAAGUCUUGUUUUCGGCCCACGGACCGGCGGCACGGCAGCACUGCCGGAUUUUCGAGCAAUUACUUUCCCUCCGGGAUUAA